UCCUCUUGUAGUAGACACUUGUGUUUUUAGAAGCCUUCUACUGACUGAGAGUAAAGACUCUUACUUAGAGAGUUCUGUAGUCACAUUGAAUUCUGCAAGGAUUCCCUUUAUCUUCCAACUUACAUUUUGCUCUUGGAGUGGUCCAAACACUAUGAUGUCUUCUUAUAAAUGUCAAGAGAAGGGUACACUGAAAACUCAUGAUUGUGUCUUGAUUUACGAGUCAGAGACAGAGGGAGAGGAAAACUACACUCCAGACAACAGCUUAAUCAGACUCACCACCAAGAUGUUAAAAGUGAAGAGGCUGGAAGAAAUCAACUCAUGUUAUAGCAGCAACCAGCUGGAGAAAAUGGCCUUUUUUCAGUGUAUGGGAGAGGUUGAGAAGAUGAAAUGUUUUCUGGAAGAAAAUUGUAGUGACCAGGAUUCAAGAUCUGGACAGAAUGAGGCUGAGGAGAAGGUGUGGUCAAACCCUGGUCUGAAGGAAAGGACAACUGUCAAUGGUGAAAAGACAUUGAACCUAACAGAGAGAUCUACUGAGAAGAACCAAUUCUCCUCUGAGAAAGAAAAGGUUAAUAAACUCAACAAGAAAAAUGACGAGAAGACCAAUACCUCUGUAGCUCAGAGAGGUUUUGCCAUAUGUCAUACAGAAAAACAAGACAAAGCAGAAGAUUUUGCUCUAAGAAAUUCCAUAGAUCCAAGAGAGAAUGCAGUUGGAAAAGACAGUUCAUGCACAGAAAGCUCGAAGAGACAAGAAAACAGUAGCAUUGGAGAUGAUAAACAAGGCACUGUGGUUAAGAGUGAUUGUCCACUAGUCAAAGGAGAGAAAAAUGGGCUUCUUUUUAAGGAAGACACUGGUAGAAGAGAAGAUGAAGAAGGUGGAGGAACCACAACUGCAAAUGAAACAAUGCUGGACCAAUGUUCAAAUGAAAAACAGUAUGUUGAUAAAACUAAUAGUGAUCAGUACCAUGAAAGGUGUAUCGACAGCAUAAAGGCCAUUUUGACACCAGGAAUCCUGGGAAAUUCAACAAUAGGAUCCACUUUCCAGAAUGCUGAACAAACAGAGUUUGCUGGCAGCAGUAAGCGUAGAGUGACAGAGGAGAGCUUCCUCAAGGAAGACAACAAAAAGAGCAGAAUAGAUGUAGUGGGUACAAGUGAAGAACACACAUUUAAAAGCACAGAGGAAACAAGACAAGCCCAGAGGAGUUUACAGAGUAAACCCCAAGAGUUUGCUGGAAGGAAGACCUCCACAGAGCAAGAUCUGGCCAUCCCACUGGAUGAUGUCCCAGCUCCUGCUGCUCCAUUUGAUCAUCGUAUUGUAGCAGUCAAACAAGCAGCAGUUGACAGAUUAUAUACAGUGAGCAAAACAGAAAUUCUAGGAGGGGGGCGUUUCGGCCAGGUUCACAGGUGUAAAGAGAAAGCAACAGGUCUGAAGCUGGCUGCCAAAAUCAUUAAGGCCAGAAGCACAAAGGACAAGGAGGAAGUGAAGAAUGAGAUCAACAUCAUGAACCAGCUGGACCACGUGAACCUCAUUCAGCUCUACGAUGCCUUCGAGUCCAGGAAUGACAUUGUCCUGAUCAUGGAGUAUGUGGAGGGUGGAGAGCUGUUUGACCGCAUCAUUGAUGAGAACUACAACUUGACAGAGCUUGAUACCAUCCUGUUCAUCAAGCAGAUCUGUGAGGGGAUAAGGCACAUGCAUCAGAUGUACAUCCUCCACUUGGACCUAAAGCCUGAGAAUAUCCUGUGUGUGAAUCGGGAUGCUAAACAAAUAAAAAUUAUUGAUUUUGGAUUGGCCAGAAGAUACAAACCCAGAGAGAAGCUGAAGGUGAACUUUGGAACCCCAGAAUUCCUUGCUCCUGAAGUUGUGAACUAUGAUUUUGUCUCCUUUCCCACUGACAUGUGGAGUGUGGGGGUCAUUGCCUAUAUGCUACUCAGCGGUUUGUCCCCUUUCCUGGGUGAUAAUGAUGCGGAGACACUGAGCAAUGUCCUGGCAUGCAGGUGGGACUUGGAGGACGAAGAAUUUCAGGACAUCUCGGAGGAGGCUAAGGAGUUCAUCGCCAAGCUCCUGAUUAAGGAGAAGAGUUGGAGAAUAAGUGCCAGUGAAGCUCUCAAGCACCCCUGGUUGUCAGACCACAAGCUCCACUCCAGACUCAAUGCACAGAAAAAGAACUGCAGCUCUGAUGUGCAGAACCUCGUGACCAAAUAGUCUACCGAAGGCACCCAUUUGAAAGGAAAACUGCUGUGGUUGCUGCUGCUUUGAGAAGACUUU